CCGAUCCGUUAGCUCCUCCUGUCCACCGCCGCGAUACGGAGCUCCGCGCAGCGGCCACGCUCCCUCCCUGCAGCCAGAGCCGGCCCCUCGAACCCAGCUCUGGCCUAAACUAUUCCCUCCGCCGCCGGAGCGGGGCGCUGCGCCACGCGUUGGGGCCGGAAAUUCCCGCGGCCUGAGUGGAGGAACCCAAGCGGAGAGUGCGGCGCCGCCUUCCACCUCCCCCGGCCGGGCGGGGGUGUUGGGCCCAGCGAGGGCCAGGCUGCCUGAGUGGGGGCGGGGGGGGCCGCGUCUGAGGAGCCGCGGAAUCGGCGGCGGGUGGAUAGCCGCGGCGGGCAGGGAACCGGACGACGGGGGUGCUCCUCGAGAGCCGCUCGGCGAGGUGGGAGAGCCUGCGCCCCCGCACCCGGGCCCCCGCCCCCUCGCGGUCUCCGCCUCCUUGCCUCACACACCCCCAGGGCCGCCUGAGCCCAGGCCUUCUCGGCGCUUCUCCUCCUUCUCUUCAUACCCUCGGACCCGGGUUGUCCUGCCAUCCGCCGGCCUUGCUCCCUCCGGGGCGAGUCCUCGUUCUCAGGCUCUCCUUACACACACAAGCACACGCCCGCUCUCUGGGCGGCCUUCUCCUCUUGGCCCUCCUCCUCCCCUCCUCACUUACGCCGCCGUCGGAGGAAGAUUGAUGUCCCUUCAGCAUCAUGCAGCCGCCGCCGAGGAAGGUGAAAGUUACACAAGAACUGAAAAACAUUCAAGUUGAGCAGAUGACAAAACUUCAAGCCAAACAUCAAGCAGAAUGUGAUUUGCUUGAAGAUAUGAGGACAUUCAGUCAGAAGAAGGCUGCUAUUGAAAGAGAGUAUGCACAGGGUAUCCAGAAGUUGGCUAGUCAAUAUCUGAAGAGAGAUUGGCCUGGAAUAAAAGCUGAUGAUCGGAAUGAUUACAGGAGCAUGUAUCCUGUUUGGAAAUCUUUUCUGGAGGGAACAAUGCAAGUAGCCCAGUCUCGGAUCAAUAUAUGUGAAAACUAUAAAAACUUCAUUUCUGAGCCUGCAAGGACAGUGAAAAGCCUAAAAGAACAGCAACUAAAAAGGUGUGUGGACCAGUUGACAAAGAUCCAAACUGAAUUGCAAGAGACAGUGAAAGAUUUAGCUAAAGGCAAAAAGAAGUACUUUGAGACUGAACAGAUGGCUCAUGCAGUACGAGAGAAAGCUGACAUCGAGGCAAAAUCUAAACUUAGUCUUUUUCAAUCAAGAAUCAGUUUACAGAAGGCAAGUGUAAAGUUAAAAGCCAGGCGAUCUGAGUGUAAUUCCAAAGCUACCCAUGCAAGGAAUGAUUAUCUUCUUACAUUAGCGGCAGCAAAUGCACACCAGGAUCGCUACUAUCAAACAGAUUUAGUUAACAUUAUGAAGGCUCUCGAUGGAAAUGUAUAUGACCACCUCAAGGAUUAUUUAAUAGCCUUCAGCCGGAUGGAGCUAGAGACAUGCCAAGCUGUGCAGAACACAUUCCAGUUUUUAUUAGAAACCUCCAGCAAGGUGGUACGAGACUAUAAUCUUCAGCUGUUUUUACAAGAGAAUGCUGUAUUUCACAAACCCCAGCCCUUCCAGUUCCAGCCUUGUGACAGUGAUACUAGCCGACAGUUAGAAUCAGAAACUGGGACCACAGAGGAGCACAGUUUAAACAAAGAGGCUCGGAAAUGGGCCACACGUGUGGCACGGGAGCACAAAAAUAUUGUUCACCAACAACGGGUUCUAGAUGAUCUGGAAUGUCAUGGAGUUGCAGUUUCAGAACAAGGCCGAACAGAGUUGGAACAGAAAAUAGAUGAAGCUAGAGAAAAUAUUCGUAAAGCAGAGAUAAUUAAGUUGAAAGCUGAAGCCCGGCUGGACCUACUAAAGCAGAUUGGUGUUUCCGUGGACACAUGGCUAAAGAGUGCAAUGAACCAAGUGAUGGAAGAACUGGAAAAUGAGCGAUGGGCCCGCCUUCCUGCAGUGACCAAUAAUGGAACAUUACACUCGCUUAAUGCAGAUACCGAAAGAGAAGAAGGAGAAGAGUUUGAAGACAACAUGGAUGUUUUUGAUGACAGCAGUUCCAGCCCUUCUGGUACCUUAAGAAAUUAUCCACUCACCUGCAAAGUUGUUUAUUCCUAUAAGGCUUCUCAACCAGAUGAGUUGACCAUUGAGGAACAUGAGGUGUUAGAAGUGAUUGAAGAUGGAGAUAUGGAAGACUGGGUAAAGGCUCGAAAUAAAGUCGGCCAAGUGGGUUAUGUACCAGAAAAGUACCUACAGUUUCCCACCUCGAACAGUCUGCUGAGCAUGCUGCAGUCCUUGGCUGCUUUGGACAGUCGGUCACACACAUCCAGCAAUUCCACGGAGGCCGAACUCGUUUCAGGCAGCCUCAACGGAGAUGCCAGUGUCUGUUUUGUGAAAGCACUUUAUGACUACGAGGGCCAGACAGAUGAUGAAUUAUCUUUUCCUGAGGGAGCAAUCAUCCGAAUCUUGAACAAAGAAAACCAGGAUGACGAUGGCUUCUGGGAAGGGGAAUUCAAUGGGCGGAUUGGAGUUUUCCCGUCAGUGCUAGUGGAAGAACUUUCAGCCUCAGAAAACGGUGACACUCCAUGGAUGCGAGAGAUUCAGAUCUCUCCCUCCCCCAAGCUGCCCGGCUCCCUGCCUCCACUGCCACUGUAUGACCAGCCUCCUAGUAGCCCUUACCCCAGCCCAGAUAAGAGGAGCUCCCAGUACUUCCCCCGCUCUCCUUCAGCAAAUGAAAACAGCUUCCAUGCCGAAUCACCAGGAUUCUCACAGGCAUCCAGACAUACUCCUGAGACCUCAUAUGGGAAACUACGACCUGUCCGGGCAGCUCCCCCUCCACCUACGCAGAACCACCGAAGGCCAGCAGAGAAGAUCGAGGAUGUGGAAAUCACACUGGUGUGAUGAUGGCUUUGCCCGUCCGUUACUGCUACAAUCAAGGCCAGGCUUAAGAGUUUGGCCAGUCUUGUUUUUUAGGCACCUUUGCAUGAUGAUGACUCAAACAGAGCAAAAUCAAGGAGGAUUAUAUGUGACUGGGUGGCCUGGUAGACUCCUCCCAUGUUUUGAAUAUUUUGUGCCUUUUUUUGUUGUCAUUUUCUAUGUCAUCUCUCCUACCACAGCACAAAUCCUAGAGGGCCCUAGAAGCACAGAGGGGAACAGCCCUCUUGCCUAACAGUGGCCCAUUUUUGUAUGAGACUCAAGACCAGGCCUCGAUCAGGGCAUAGUCACAGAGAUACUGAUCAUGUGCACUCGUACAGUAUAUUACUGUGGCCACAAGGAUGUGGCAAAGAUUCUCAUCUUUCUUCAGGUGGCUUUUGCUCAUCUGAUUGAGUUUAAUCAGAUCAUGUUGGCUACAUAAGGAAGCAGAAGGAGGGAUUUCGGGAGAGGCUGGCUCCUCCCCGCAGUUAGUCCCCAAAUUGAGAAACUGAAACCGUAUUGGAAAAAAAUGGACUGCCCUGAGUUUAGCACCAGUUGCAUUAAUGCACAUCUCUUCCACAACUAACAUUUAAAACAAUAACAGUGUCCUUUGUAUUAAUAUUUAUGCCAUUCAUUUAGUAUUAGUGGAGCUAACAUGGAGGGGCUGAACUAGUAGCCACAUCUCAUCCCAUCACAUAGACUAAUAGAAAGGAGGCUGUGGCGAAAGCAGAAAUGGAGCUUCCAGAUCUGAAAUGAGCCAAUUUAAUGUUCUUUUUAUAUUUGGGUAUUUUUCAUUUUAAUUUUUGCAGCGUAUACUAUUCUGACCAGUAUCCUUAGAAUCUGAAUGUCUAGAUAAACUGGGGACACAUACUUGCCUUGUCGAGCUUCUCUACUGGGGAGGCCUCUAGCAUUAUUUUAUUCCCAAGCCAGUCCACUAGCCCAGGCAGCCACCCACCACAUAAAAUGCAGCUUCCCAGGUCCAACUGACCUGACAU